AUGCAUUUAUCGAGUGAAGUGAGUUCGACUACGAAUGGUCUUGGACAUGAGGCGCCCUCCUCAAGUUACAGUGGUUUGCCGAGCCAGCCUCUGACUGCAGAGUUGCUGGCUGAGAGAACGCUGGAGGGGUUAUUGGCUGACCACCCUGGUGAGCUCGUGAAGACUGGCAGUCCCCACGUAGUAUGUACAGUGCUGCCUCCACACUGGCGGUCUAACAAAACCUUGCCAGUGGCGUUCAAAGUGGUCGCCCUGGGUGACGUAGGAGAUGGCACUCUGGUGACUGUCAGGGCCGGAAAUGAUGAAAACUGUUCAGCAGAGCUUCGGAACUGUACUGCUGUCAUGAAGAACCAAGUUGCGAAGUUCAAUGAUUUGAGGUUCGUCGGGAGGAGUGGGAGAGGCCUAGCCGGAACACGUAGUAAAUCAUUCUCGCUAACAAUAAUGCUGGCAACGUCUCCCCCUCAAGUGGCAACGUACCAAAAGGCGAUCAAGGUCACCGUCGACGGCCCCAGGGAACCGCGCUCCAAGACCCGACACCAUGGCUUCCAUCCAUUCCACUUUGGACCAAGAUUUGCACCUGAUCCACUAAUGGGCUCACUACCAUUUAAAUUAUCAGGUAUAGCACAUCAGUUAGCGGGGCUUCCUGGAGGGGAGUGGGGUGCGCUCGCAAGACACUAUCCUCCACCUCUGUUACCAACGCAUGCGCAUUUCACACCUCACGUCCUCCCGCCGGCGCAUACGCAACACCACGUCCCACCGCCACCUCAUGAAACAGAUAUAACCUCAGAGAAUCCGGCAACUAUGCAUCCUCACAGCACUACUAGCCCGGCAAACUCACGGCCUGGUUCUCCACAUGAUGAUGACGAUGAUAUAUCUGUGACCGCGUCAAGCAGUCCACCGCCUGAUGACCGUCCGGGAGCUUUCACCUCCGUUACAAGGACAAGAAAACCUCUUCAGCCGCUUCCAGCACCAUCAAGUCUUUUCCACAGUGCUUUAGCAGCGCAACUAUUUCUUAAUUCACCUCUUCUGCCAACUCCACCGGCUUGGCUGUAUUCACAAUUGUAUGGCGGAUACGAUUGGUGGCUCAGACCGCCUGCGCCACAAGAAGAUUCUAAUUCAAGUCCAGAUAGAGAAGAAGAAGCUGGUUCAACCGCAUCAAGUUCAAAGAAAAGACCAGCGUCACCGGAAUGGACUGACCAGGGAGUCAGAACUCGAAGCAAAUCUUUAAUGACUUCAGAAAGACGACCCGUUGAUGUGUGGCGCCCGUACUAG